AUGCCAGGUCGUCCAAUCGUUGUUUCAGGUCCUUCAGGUACAGGGAAAUCCACUCUUUUAAAGAGGCUUUUCAAAGAAUAUCCAAACAAGUUUGGCUUUUCGGUGUCUAACACAACCAGAAAGCCAAGACCAGGUGAAAAAGAUGGUGUCGACUACAAUUUUGUGACUGUGGAACAAUUUAAAAGCCUCAUUGAAGAAGGAGCUUUUAUUGAGUGGGCCCAGUUCUCUGGAAACUACUAUGGAACUACCGUUGCUGCUGUGAAAAAAGUCGCAGAUGGCUUAAAGAGAACUUGUAUAUUAGACAUUGAUAUGCAGGGUGUUAAAUCCGUCAAGAAGACUGAUUUGAAUGCCAGAUUUAUCUUUGUCGCUCCACCAUCAUUGGAUGAACUCAGAAAGAGAUUGGAGGGAAGAGGAACAGAAACUGAUGACAGUGUCAAACAAAGACUUGCAGCUGCAAAAAGAGAAAUGGACUUUGCUGAAACAGGUGCUCAUGAUAAGAUCGUCGUCAAUGAUGACUUAGAAAAGGCCUACAAGGAGUUGAAGGAAUUCAUAUUUGCUGAAACUGUCUAG